AUGGGGAAUAUGACAUCAAUACCCGUUGAGCUUUGUGCUACAUUUGAUGCUGAUGAAAUACGUCGGUUAGGUAAACGUUUUAAAAAAUUAGACAUCGAUGGUAGUGGUUCAUUAAGUAUACAAGAAUUUAUGUCUAUCCCUGAAUUACAACAAAAUCCACUUGUUCAACGUGUUAUUGAUAUUUUUGAUACUGAUGGAAAUGGUGAAAUUGAUUUCAAAGAAUUUAUCGGUGGUAUAUCACAAUUUAGUGUUAAAGGAGAUAAAGAAUCUAAACUUCGAUUUGCAUUCAAAAUCUAUGACAUGGAUAAAGAUGGAUUUAUUUCAAAUGGUGAAUUAUUUCAAGUGCUAAAAAUGAUGGUUGGAUCAAAUUUAAAAGAUUCUCAAUUACAACAAAUUGUUGAUAAAACAAUCAUCAAUGCAGAUAAAGAUGGUGAUGGAAAAAUAAGUUUUGAUGAAUUUUGUGCCUGUGUUGGAGAUUCAUUAAUCGAUGAUAUACAAAAGAAAAUGACUGUAGCUGUAUGA